AAGUGUGACCGCCGGUUAGAUUAGUACGUUCUCUCGCUGAAGACCCACCCUUCUCUUUCUUUCUCUCUCUGGUUCCUUCCCUCGUUUCUAUUUUUGUAUCGGGCACUUCGUUCGAGGUCUCUCUCUCUCUCUCUCUCUCUCUCUCUCUGUAGUCAGUGCCACUCUGCUUUGUGAGAGAGAGGAGAGAGGAGCAAUGACGAGGAGGGGAGCGCCGAGGCUGCCGCCUUCAAUGGAAGCGCUCGCUCUCGCGUGGGAUUGGUGGGACGAGAUCGACGAAUCGACUCGGUGGCAGGACGCGAUCUUCUACUCCCUCUGCGGCGCUUACGCUCUUGUUGCCGCCGUCGCUCUGAUUCAGCUGGUUAGGAUCGAGUUGAGAGUGCCCGAAUAUGGUUGGACGACACAAAAGGUGUUAACUUUGGUUCUUUUGGAUCUUCCUGGACUUCUGUUUUUCUCUACUUACACUCUCUUAGUUCUGUUUUGGGCCGAGAUAUAUCACCAGGCGAGAAGUUUACCAUCGGAUAAGCUGAAGAUAUUUUAUAUAUCUAUAAAUGGUGCUAUGUACUUUAUACAGGUUUGCAUCUGGAUUUAUCUGUGGAUAGACGACAACAGUGUUGUGGAAUUUAUUGGGAAGAUAUUUAUUGCAGUUAUCUCAAUAAUAGCUGCAUUGGGUUUCUUAUUAUAUGGGGGAAGAUUAUUUGCCAUGCUAAGGCGUUUUCCUAUUGAAUCUAAAGGGAGGAGGAAAAAGCUUCACGAGGUUGGAUCUGUGACAGCUAUAUGCUUCACCUGUUUCAUAAUCAGGUGUUCGGUGGUUCUUCUAUCAGCUUUUGAUUCAGACGCAUCACUCGAUGUUUUGGAUCAUCCAAUUUUGAAUAUGUUGUACUACAUGCUAGUUGAGAUCCUGCCUUCUGCUUUAGUCCUCUACAUCCUACGCAAGCUGCCUCCUAAGAGGAUAUCGGCCCAACAUCACCCCAUCCGAUAGCCAUAGAUCAUUCUUGCUUGCUUAAUUAUUCUCCUUCUGCUCAAGAUGGGGUUUCAUGCCUCAUCCAUGGCUUUGAGUAAGUCGGUUGAAGCCGGAAAGGAAUUCAGACAUGUCAUUCUGAACUGGCGCAGGACGCAGAUGGUUUGCUCAUGUUUUUGUACAUUAUGAAGCUUCCUCAAGUUUGCCAAAGGGGAUGGAAUCAAUGUUGAUUUCUUCGGACUGUGACUUGUAGAAUUGGUUCUUUGACACCUUUUGCAUGCCUGUUGCGUCACGUCUAUGAAAGGAGAGGCUUCUGCUAUUUUCAGGUGCUAGGUGUCGAUUCUUUUUUCGGAGUUUUCAACGUCUUGUUGUGCUCUUGAGUAGUGAUUGGAAAUGAUGAUAUCUUAAUUUCUUCCCUAUUUUUUUUUACUGAUACUUUCUUGGAUGCUGUUGUGAUGUUAGGGCUUUGUUUUAGAAGUUGUAUCCCCUGAAGAAAAUUGCAGAUUGCGGUACCACAUGGC